GAUCCGUGUUUGUCAGUAGCUGCGUUCCGUAGUUACCGGUUAUUGGAGGUCAGCCGUUUCUGGCGUGAGCUUGAAAUGUGAACCGAGAAAUGUUAUGAAGUGAAUCUGAAGAAAGAAAGCAAGCAGUGCCUUCAUAGAUGCGGAGUCGCGUUGUCUCACUGGCAUGAAUGACCUGUGUGUGUAAAACUGGUGUGAGCAGAGGCUUUAUUCAGACUGACACAGGCAGGAGUUGAUCCGUCCGUUUUGCCCUACAGAGGCCUGCGCUAUUGCAUAUAGCUGCAGGAUCAAUGAUCUACGACAAAGCACUCGUUCGGUUUUUAUUUUGAUCACAUCAAAGUUGCAACGAUGAGAAAGGACGUGAGGAUAUUACUUGUCGGUGAACCCAAAGUGGGGAAGACCUCCCUGAUCAUGUCACUCGUCAGUGAGGAAUUCCCUGAUGAGGUUCCUCUCAGAGCUGAAGAGAUCACUAUUCCUGCUGAUGUCACACCUGAGAGAGUGCCCACUCAUAUAGUGGACUAUUCAGAAGCAGAACAGUCAGAUGAGCAGCUUUACCAAGAAAUAUCAAAGGCCAAUGUUAUAUGCAUCGUAUAUUCAGUAAACAACAAGAAAUCAAUCGAAAAGGUGACGAGUCAUUGGAUUCCCCUCAUCAAUGAAAGAACAGAUAAGGACAGCAGAGUACCAUUGAUCCUGGUGGGGAAUAAAUCGGACCUGGUGGAGCACAGCAGCAUGGAGACCAUCCUUCCCAUCAUGAACCAGUACUCUGAGAUUGAGACCUGUGUGGAGUGUUCAGCCAAAAACCUGAAAAAUAUCUCAGAGUUGUUCUACUACGCCCAGAAGGCUGUUCUGCACCCGACAGGACCGCUGUACUCUCCAGAAGACAAAGAGAUGAAGCCUUCGUGCAUCAAAGCACUUACUCGCAUUUUCAAAAUAUCAGACCUGGACAAUGAUGGCAUUCUAAAUGAUAAUGAGCUUAAUUUCUUCCAGAGAACUUGUUUUAACAUACCCCUGGCACCUCAAGCCCUGGAGGACGUGAAGAAUGUUGUGCGGAAAAAUAUGUCAGAUGGCGUAAAAGACAAUGGCCUCACACUGAAGGGUUUCCUGUUCCUUCAUACACUUUUUAUUCAGAGAGGAAGGCAUGAGACCACAUGGACUGUGCUCAGGAGGUUUGGUUAUGAUGAUGACCUGGAGCUGACCCAGGAAUACCUGUUUCCACUGUUAAAAAUACCUCCAGACUGCACCACAGAGCUGAACCACAACGCCUACCUCUUCCUCCAGAGUGUCUUUGACAAGCAUGACAAAGAUCGAGACUGUGCCCUGUCUCCAGAUGAGCUGAAGGAUUUGUUCAAGGUCUUUCCCUACAUGCCCUGGGGUCCCGAUGUCAACAACACAGUUUGCACCAAUGAGCAGGGCUGGAUCACUUACCAAGGCUACCUUUCUCAGUGGACGCUAACAACAUACCUAGAUGUGCAGCGAUGUUUAGAGUACUUGGGUUAUCUUGGUUACUCCAUUAUCCAAGAACAGGAGUCACAGACAGCUGCUGUCACAAUUACGAGGAAUAAGCGCAUCGACCUGCAGAAGAAACAGACCCAGCGCAGUGUUUUCCGCUGCAAUGUCUUAGGAGCUCGAGGCAGCGGUAAAAGUGGCUUUCUGCAGGCUUUUCUUGGCAGGAACCUUGCGCGUCAGAAGAGGAUAAGAGAAGACCACAUGUCUUACUAUGCCAUGAGCACCACUUAUGUUUAUGGACAAGAGAAAUAUCUGCUUCUGCACGAGGUGCUGCCGGACUUUGAGUUCCUUUCUGAGGCUGAUCUGGCUUGUGAUGUUGUUUGCUUGGUGUAUGACAUCAGCAACCCGCGUUCUUUUGAGUACUGCGCUAAAGUCUACAAGAAACACUUCUUGGACAGCAAGACACCCUGUGUGAUUAUUGCUGCCAAGUCAGACCUGCAUGAAGCCCGUCAGUACUACAGCCUGUCUCCGCUGGAUUUCUGUCGGAAACACAAGCUUCACCCGCCGCAGAUGUUCACCUGCAACACAGACGAAGCACCCAGCAAAGACAUCUGUACCAAACUCACCACUAUGGCAAUGUAUCCCCAUGCCAAGUUACGCUGCAUGUGCAGUUGCAACAGGUGCACCUAUUGCAUCUGUCACAACCUCCUGAAAUCUGAGCUGGUGCGCUCGGUAAAGGCCAAACUCUACAGUGCUGUUCUGAACAGGUUGAGGCCUUUUAUACAAGAUGUGGGCACGUUUCUGUUGACUGAUGAGGAGUCCAGCCUCACCCAUCAGGUUCAUGCAGUCAGCUUUGUAGAGGACUCGAUCUACAUGGAGUCGUCUGUCGACCCGUUUGUGCCCGUUUGUAACAGACACAUGACCCAAGCUGACCUGAAAAACUCUACGUUUUGGCUGAGGGCGAGUGUCGGUGCCACCGUGUUUGCUGUUCUUGGCUUCGCCAUGUACAAAGCUCUCCUCAAGCAGCGGUGAUCAGUGCAUCUGGCAUGUUACAGCAACCCCGGCCCUCUGAGAAACUACAAAACCCAUGAUCCCUCAUCCCAUCCUUAUUUCAUUUAGGAGAGAAGAUUCCUAGUAAUAGUUAGCUACAUUUUGUAUAGUUAAACCUGCCUUUCCCGAACCAAGUGUUAUAGGAACUCACCUCAUCAGCCAUGUGGUGGAACAGGACAUCUACAUUAACGGCGGGAGCUGUAAUCGUGUCCUCUGCUGUUCCGACAUGAGGUUUUUAUUCAUGCACACUGAUGUUUUCCUCAGGUCAGUAUUAAUUGGUGUGACCUAUACUGAAGAGACAGCAGAGAGUGAGGGUUUACUGAUAGGUGACAACACUGUUUAUAUGUGUAUAUAUCUUACUGGACACUCUAAGAUUGUCUCUAGUUAGUGAACAAACCAUAUUUGAACUGUAUCACAUAGAGAUACACUCGUGCUUGUGGGAGAAGCACUGAAACAAAGCCAUUUCUCGCAUGUAAAGGUCAUUUUACUCUUGGCACAUCUCAGCUACUGUAUGUUAAUUUAUUAGCCUUAUUUCUGUCUUUUUUGGCAUUGCUUGAAGCAGUCAUAGUUAUGGAUUCUUUUAUGCAAUAUUAGUUUUUUAUUUUGAUCAUUUGUUUUUUUAUUUUCUACCCAUGGCCUUUGUAAAGAUUAUGCACAGGAAAAAAAAACUUUUAUGUUUAGUAAUGAGAUGGCGUAAAUUGGUUAAUUCCAAACCAGACUAAUAAGAACCUGCUUGCUACAUUAUAAAGACUGUAUGAAUUCUUCCUAACUAACAAUCAUGUAGAGACAACGUCAUGUUUGUUCUAAUGUUUCAGCUCUUAUGCAUAUGUAACUUUCAAUGCAGUUUCCCUGUUCAAAACCAUGGGAUUGUUGCACAUGUGGGUUUUCAAACAUUUACAAUAAAUUAUGGUGUGAAUAAA